ACAAACCACGAGCUGAGAGUUUUUACACAACAGAAGGAAGAGUACCAUUGUCAGGAGUGUAACGUGCCAGAAAAUAGUUUGCAUAGUGUUGUUAUUUUAUUCUUAAGAUCGCAAUUAUACUGUUCGGCUCAACAUAUCUCUCACGGGAACCAGACAGAUAUUUGGAAGAAAGCAAAUUUGAGCAUUACCCGGAGUAAAUCAACUGAACGGCAAUGAGUGACCCCGAGCCAGCAACAUUUGCAUCUGUUGAGCAAGAGAGGGACUACUGGAAGGAACAGGCUGCUAAACAUCAGCAAAGGGCUGAUGAGUCGCAGGAGGAGCUGCAGGAGUUUCAGCAGAUGAGUCGAGACUAUGAGGCGGAGCUGGAGACAGAGCUAAAGCAGUGUGAUGCCCGUUACCGUGAGCUUCUCACGACCAACAACAGACUCCGCAUGGAAUUAGAAAACUACAAGGAGAAGUAUGAAACGCAGCACUCUGAGGCAGUCAGGCAGAUCUCGACUCUAGAAGGAGACCUGGCAGAGACCACAGCCAUCAAAGACCAACUGCACAAGUAUAUCCGGGAGUUAGAGCAAGCUAAUGAUGAUCUGGAAAGAGCUAAGAGAGCGACUAUAAUGUCACUUGAGGACUUUGAGCAGAGAAUGAAUCAUGUUAUAGAGAGAAAUGCCUUCCUUGAGAGCGAGCUUGACGAAAAGGAGAAUCUUCUAGAAUCAGUACAGAGAUUAAAAGACGAAGCCAGAGAUUUAAGACAGGAACUGGCUGUUCAGCAGAAACAGGAGCGCAAGUCUUCAAUCAGCCUUCCUAAAGAUGUAGAGAAGCCAGAGGCCACACCCGCAAGACCCUCUUCUGUUGUUACAUCCGCCCUCCCAUCUCUCCAUGCCACACCCUCCAGACCUCCAGGCUCAGGGAGUGCAUUCAACACCCCCUCAGCUUCCUACAACAGAAUUGAAGGUUUGACUGGAACUCCUUUAACCACAUCUGCACGGAUAUCUGCCCUCAACAUUGUUGGAGAACUGUUGAGGAAAGUUGGGAACCUUGAAUCAAAGCUGGCAUCAUGCAGAGAAUUACACAUCCAUGAGAAAACACCCAGCCGCGCGGCGAUUGGCCAGGGUACACCGAGCAUUUCGCGAGAAACCCCAGACAUCCCAUCCAACACAAAUGGCUUGUAUGAUAAGGGGAUGGUGAAACGGUUGGACUUCGGAACAGGACCCAAGAUAAUGCUGUGAAUAAAGCACUAUUUGCCACCAGUGCACAAGCAUGUCUUUCGUUCCCACAUCAUUGGGAAAACAAGUAUUCCUAAUCUAUUAAUAUGAAAAUGCUUUAUUUUCAGGAGCUGAAUCAUAUCUUAAGCCCGAAGUCUUCCACUAUCUGAGAAGGGUUCUGCUUUUACAUUCAUAUCAACCUUUGUUAUUGUGUCUAUGAUAAUUGUUCAACAGCGCUCUGUGGACUGAAACUGUUGUUUUAUUAUUUUGUUGGAGAUUUGCAUUGUGUUUUGCAGAUGUGCUAACUCUUAAAGAGAUAGUUCACCCAAAAAUGAAAAUUCUGUCACCGUAAGACCGUUCUGUCAAACCCGUAAGUUCAAAGAAACUUUGUUCAUCUUUGGGAUACAAAGGUGAAAUCCGAGAGCUUUCUGGUAGUUGCGUAGCUGUCUAUGCAGGGCCAGAAAGCUGUUGGGUUUCAUCAAAAAUAUCUUAAUUUGUGUUCUGAAGAUGAAUGAAUGUUGGAACGACAUGAGUGUGAGUAAUUAAUGACAGAAGUUUCAUUUUUGGGUGAACUAUCCCUUUAAAUUUACACUGUUUUUUAUUUUUGUUUAUGUUGUUUGUAGGUAUCUGGUAAUUUAUAGCCGUUUUGAAAUGUAUAGUCUGCACUGUCAUUUUUAUUUGCUCUUUUUGGGACCAUAAACUGGGAGAGUGUUGCAGGUGACUGAAAGUGGGUCCAUAGAUUUACCUGUGCAGUCCUGUUACAUUUGGCACUAAACUACUGAUCAAUGUCCAGUGAAACGUCUACUGCACAUGCUUAUUGUUGGUCACAGGACUGAAGCAAUGUUAAUAGCAGGUUCAUUUUUAUUUCAGAAAUACCUGAGUUUAUUUUUUUUUAGAAACUAGCAUUUUUAACAGUAUAUGAGUUUGUUACUAACUUAAUGCCAUGGCUUUAGGGUUUAGAUUUGAAAAUUAUGUUACAAGGAGGUUGGUGAGAUGUUAUCAGCUGAAGCUGUUGUUCAUAUCGUUGUAACGUAAGUAACCAGCAGUAGCCGAAAUGUUCAUGCAUUAUGAAAACACAGUUUUUAGUAAUGGGUAAUGAACUUGUCAUUUGAGUAGUCAGUGCCAUCUUUGUUUUCAAAGAUUACAGUAGUGGAGAGUAGUUGCUGUCAUAUCAUGCACUGAACAUGAAUUUAAUGUGCCUUAAUUUUGUGGCCAUCAUAAGCUUUGCCUCAAAGUUAACUUGGGUAUUGGGGAACUUACUAGCCCGAAGGGUGUCGCAGCUUCUCUCGCUAUUCUUCCCAAUGUAUUAAUUCUCUGAUAUGUCAGGGAUUCCAUAAAGAGGAGAAAUUGAAUUCUGAGUUGAAUCGCUUAGUUUUCACAUUUCUCUUUGAGUUGUAGAUUUAAGAAACGAGCAAUAUGAAUACUUCAGUGAAGGGUACAGAUAUUUUUAUGUUAAAAAAAGAGAUGUAAAGCAGAAUUGAUGCAUUAUAUCAUCCAUUUUUGUCUAGAGGUACUAAUUCAAAAUGCUAGAAAUAGAGAAUGAUGGCUGAUAGGAGGAUUUAACACACUUGAUUGCACCAUCUCAGGGCUGUAAGCAAUAACCUCACUAAACAUGUCAUUACAGUUCAAAAUUCUGUCAUGUGUUUGUCUCUGUAUGCACAAGACAUGAACAAUUGCCAAUUAUUGUCAACAUGGGUUUUCUUUGCUAUUAAUGAACCUAAACAUCUGCAAUAUCCAUGCAUUCCUCAGCAAAGGCAAUGCUUAGUUUAUCCUGUCUGUAAAACCACUCUAUUGUUGGUUAAUCCAUAACCUUCAAAAUAAAUGUCUAUAGUUAACAUGA